GUCCCCUGCUUAUGUGCGGCCAGUACCGGAAGUUCCGUUCCGUCGCGAACUGGGACAGCAAAGUGUACCUCUCACAGUGUAUGUGUGGCAACAACAUGUCUGUGCCGCUGCUCGCCGAGGCCGUGACGGUGUCCGGGAUGGAGAAGGAGACUGCGGCGGUGAUCUUCCUUCAUGGUUUAGGAGACUCAGGGCAUGGGUGGGCCGACACUUUGACAGGGAUCCAGCUGCCUCAUGUCAAGUUCAUCUGCCCCCACGCGCCCCCGAUCCCCGUCACUCUCAACAUGAGUACGAUGAUGCCAGCGUGGUUUGACCUCAAGGGUCUCAGCCCUGACUCCCAGGAGGACGAAUCUGGAAUCAAGAAGGCAGCAGACAACAUCAAGGCCAUAAUCGAACAUGAGGUCAAAAAUGGGAUCCCCCCUCACCGCAUAAUGCUCGGUGGCUUCUCUCAGGGUGGGGCCUUGUCCUUGUAUACCGCCUUGACCUGCCAGCAUCAGUUGGCUGGCGUCGUGGCCCUCAGCUGCUGGCUACCACUUCACAGGAGUUUCCCAUCGGCUUCAAGCGGCCACAAGAACAUCCCGAUCCUGCAGUGCCACGGUGAGAUGGACAGCAUGAUCCCAGUGCAGUUUGGUGCCAUGACGGCAGAAAAACUCAAAACCAUAGUCAACCCUCAGAUGAUCACCUUCAGAUCCUACCCAGGGCUCCUUCACAGCUCCUCCCCUCAGGAGAUGGCGACUGUAAAGGAAUUUAUCGAGAAGUAUUUGCCCCGAAUCUGACCUCACCUCGUCUCCACUGUGACCCUCUGAGACACUGACCUCUCACCUCUGAUCUGCCAUUCUCCCAAAGGAAACAGCCAUGAGCCCCCCCCCCCCCCCCCCCCUCUUCCACACACAUCGGCAAGAUGACAAACACACGCACACACAUUUAAUAACCAUAACAAUUUCAUCCACACGGCUGAAUACAACCUACGCUACUCCAUGCAGUCCAAUCUCAUACGACACUCAAACACUGAUUUGAUUCUAACAUAAGUCUUAGCCUUUCGGAGGGAGAAACACUGACUCACACGAUACAUUCCCUUUAGUUUUAUUCAACCUCUGUCAGUCGCUUCCACCCGACCUCAGUUCUUCUCCACUUUUACCUAAUCAUCAUAACCUCCAGCUGUCACAGCCUCUAUUGCUUCCACUCUUUCAUCACUGUGUUUGUAAGACAUUUAGUGGAAAACCAACAAUAAGAUUGAGUCGGAUUAGCAGUUUAACACCUACCUGUCAGACCGGAUUUCACUUCCCAAUAGUUUCCAUGUGGAAUGGGACGAGAUACAUUUGCUUCUUGUUGCAAAUUGACCUUCCACCUUUCGGUUCAAUCUGAUUGAACUUUAAAAUGCAAACUAUUAAGGCUCUCCAGUGUACCAGUUUGAGAGAAAAAGUGGAGUUGAAAAAUUGGUUGUUUAUCAUCUUUCUUUAUAACUGGCAGCAGAGAAGACUUUAGUAAGUGCAAGGACAGAGACAGUUAAAUGAUGUUUGAUAAAACCCUGCCUAAGAUAUUUUCUGUCCCCUGCUGACUUUUUUGCCACACCACUCGUGUGAAUUGGGCCAGGUGAAAUUCAGUCUGACUGCGGCUUCGCUCCAGCGUCGGAGUCUCACAGAAUCUGAGUCCGGUGCAAGUUUUAGAGCUGGAGCAGCUGGUUUCCAUCCCCCCCACCGACCACCCCAUGACUUGUUCACUGCAGCCUUGCGUCACUAAUCUACCUACAAACUCCCCUCUUUAUUUAACAUCCAUGAGGGCCUCACAUUUCUUUCUUUCUUUUUAACGAGUGUGAUCAAAUAUCUUUAAGUAUAUGAAGAAAUAUCCAAUUGAAAUAAAAGCAAACUAAUGAAUCGACGCUUUUGCCAUCCUGUGCUGUUUAUUUCAAAGCUUCCACACCUGCAUGUUAACCUGUUUCUGUUUUAUGUGAGUCUUUUAAUGUAAAUGUACCUCUUUAAGUAAGAUUGUCGGCUUUACAGGUAUGAGUUGCAUGAAAUAAAACAUUCCUCUAGAUGUCUGCAGGCCGGCACAGACUGUACACCAUAAGUCGCUUCACUGUUCCUUCCACACACAUUUUCCUCUUUUAAACAUUUUCCCCAUUCAAGUUUUUGUUUCAGCAUCUGCCACCCGAUCAACACCCUCCUCUCCAUUAAUCCCAGUUGAUUUUACAAUGGUUUUAGUUUGUUUUAAACACUGGGGAAAUAUGCUUCCUCUAAAUCUUCUUCCACGACACCAAAGCAGUCCUGAGUUUUAAACUGUACACCAUUUAUUCCCAAGAAAAUGUAAGAAAACAUUCACUUCCUUGCUCCCUCCUUUGGCAACUUAAUGUAACCCACUAAUGGAACAUAAAAGGUCAGAUUUAAAGUUAAACCCAAUGCUAUUAUAGUGCACUUCUUUAAAAUACAAUGGCUGUACACUGGGAGAGCUUUGGCAAGAAGCUGUUCCAACUUAACUGAAGGGUGAUUUUACAAAUAAAUAAAAAGUUAACCUUUGAACAAUGUGUGAUCCUUGAACGUAGGAAUGUAACUCUGAAGAGUCCUGUGUGCUUAAAAAAAUAUAUAUCGGGUGUUCUGCAUUUUCCUUUGUGAAUGGUUAUUUUGCUCUCCUCAUGAUUACUUGUUCUUUGUUGCUGUUUCAAUCCUGAUUUAAAAAAAAGGAGGAAAGACAUCGGUUUGGAUUGUUGUUGACGGGUCAAUGAAUGUCUCUUACCUCCUCGAGUCCUUUCUAUGUUUUCCCGUCUAAAUCUGAUGCAGCCCUGCGUUCUGUUCACUUCUCUUUAUUUAGUUUAUUUUUCUCCUUCACCAUUUUUUUUACCAUUCUUACAUUCCCCCUGUGUGACGACGUCGCAGCAGCUCGUCUGUUUUCUCCUGUAUGUUGUCAUUGGUUACGUUUUUUUGUUUCUUGGACUUAUGUUGUGUUGUGUUUUGUCACUGUUGUCAUCUCAUCCUUUUUGUGUCGGUUUUUAAUUAUGAGCAUUAAAAUAAAUCCUGUUUAGGGGAGACUUGGUGGUCUCUCCACUUUUUUUGUUUGUUUCCAAAACACCUAUAUGUGGAAUAAAUGACAAAAGAUCCA